CGGAUCUGCGUCUGCGCAAUACCGGAAGCAACAGCUCCUCAAAUACAAUUGAAUUUCACCAAAACGUUUGGAGAAAAGAGUUUGAUCGAGGAACCAGGUUUCUGUCAGGAGCCGUUGAAUGGAAGUGGAGAGGGCCCGACAGAUGGGUCCAGAGAGAAUCUCGCCGAACACCGAGGAGGAUCUGGCGCAGGAUCGGCCUGUAGACGCCGCAGUGCCGGAGGAGUGGAGCGGAGAGGACAUGGAGGAGGAUGAAGGAGGAGCUGGAGAUGAGGAUGAAGGCCACGGAGGAGGAUAUUAUUAUCAGCCUCUGAAUCAAGACCCAGACGGCAUGAACAGCUCACACACUGAGCCAGCCGAUGAGGGAACGACUGCCGAGCAGCUGCAGGACGUCCAGGACAGAAUAGAGGCCAUGGGCCUGUUCCUGCCCCAGCCUCCUCCUCCAGACAGCGAUGAAGAGGAAGAUACUGAAGGAGCUGCUGCUCACAGGAGCAAUGCAUCUAUUCCCAUGGAUGCAGGUAAUAAUCACGUUGAGCUGGUGAAAAGGACCAUGGCGGCUAUAAAUUUGCCAACAUUAGGCAUCCCUGCCUGGGCACAAGAAAUCUCCGAUGACCAAUGGAAGGACAUGGUCCAGCAGACGCUUCAGUCAAGACAAAGCUCUGCAGGCCUGAGACUGGACCGCAAGUGAAAGCAUUUCAAGAGCCCAAUCUUAUCCACUACAUCUGAGUGCAAAUACACAAGCUUCUCACAUGUGGUAACUCGAUACGAUGAAUCUAAAGGCACAGUACCACCUUCGUAGCGGACAUGUCCUUAAGUUGAAUGUUUGGUGUUCAGUACAAGUUAAGCUCAAUUAUUACAACAAACAACAAUUUCGACUCAUCCAUUGUUUAUUAAAAACAAAAUACAAACAUAAUUGUGGUAACAGAGGCACAUGCAAUGGAAGUGAAUGGGACCAGUCCAUAAAUGCUAAAAUUAAGUUUCAAAAGUAUAGUCACAAGAUGUAAACAUCAUACAUUUAUGAGAUAUUAGUGUGAUAAAAUCUCUUACUAACCUUAUUUGUGUGCAGUAAAAUCCAAUAUUAUACUUGUCAUGAUGACAGAAUGCAAGAAAUCUCUGUAAGCGAUUCUAUCACACUGAAAUAAUUUAAACAUAUAUAACAUUUACAUCCUGUUGUUAUACUACUCAAAGAGUGUGUAUUUUAACAUUUUAUGGACAGGCCACAUUUACUUCUUUUUUUAAGUGCUGUACUGUAAUUGCAUUUUUUUUUUUUUUUUUAAAUAGAGCGCGAGUACAAAUUAUUUUCUGUGGUAAUCUACAUUAUGGUACACCAAAUGCUAUCGAUUACAUUUAACUUGUACUGAGACCAGUACAUUCCUUUUGUGAAACGUUCGAAAUGGAAAUCUUAAGAGUUGACUUUCUGGAGUUAAGAGUAGCAAAAACUAAUCUUAAAAAAAAAACACAAAAGAAGAAUUAUUUCAAUAUAUCAGCCUUCUUCCAAUGUAGUUAUGUUAUUCAGAGUUUUGUUUUUGUAAAAGGCUAAUUGUUUGCAAAAUGUGUUGCUUUUGUAUGACAGUAUAGACAAUAAUGGUGCAUCUCCAGUGUGUUGUUUGAAUCACAUUUCCAGUCAUUUGAUGGUUGACAAGAGACCACCUUGUGCAAUGCAUCUCAUGCUGCUUAAGCAACACACAUGGCCAUCACAUCUUUUGUUGUUCUUUAUUUUUGUUCUGUACAUUCAUGAACAUCUGUACAAAAUAUGACUUUCUUACUAUGUAAUGCUUGACCUAAUUAAAGUACAACAUAUGUACAUAAUGACCUGGAAAGCAGCUUAAGAUUAGUGUCAGACUUGGGGAACAGGGCUGGGAGUGGACGGAAAGGAAAGGGUGAGUUUGGAGAGACCCAUACAUUCUUAAUUUCCCUCUGUUUCACGUUGCUGACGGACAAGCUGAACACUGCCCCAUCUGCCUGUCAAGAUGCAAAAUAUUGUCCCUUUGCAUUUAGGAAGGAGGCAUGCGGCAUUGCCUCUGUUUCUGGAAUGUUCUAGUCUGGUAGAGUGAGUAAGAUGGCAAUUCAUGCUCUUGAUUGAGUCAGAGGAGACUAACACUUCAAACAGCUAAUAAUUAAAAGAUUUCACCUCUGCACUGCAUACUAUACACCGUAAUUGCACAAGUCAAAAUAUAUAUGCACACAUUUGGACCUAUGGAAGAAGUAUAGCUGGGACAGGUAAGCCAAUGGAGUGUUGCAUUGUCCAGCAGCCUCUUGGAGGAGUAAUAUGUUCCCUCACUAUUGGAAUGAUCAGAGUGAGUGACCCUUCACAUGACAGAAACCUUUACAACAGAGACAGGACAUCAUACAAGCUAACAGAUUUAAAGAAAAUAUUAAUUUGGGGCAAAAAAAGGAAAUAUUGUAGGGUACUGAAUGGGCAAGGGUGCAAUCAUAAGCAAAUAUACAUGACAAUAUACAGUACACAAGUAUCUGCGACAGUAAUUGCAGGCUUUUAGUUUCCAUAUAUUAAGCCUGCAUAGGUAAGCGUGUAUCUCUUAAGUAUAUUGUCCUAUUAGGACGAUUGUAUAGCGCUUGAACAUAAACUCCUUAUUUUUCUUAUACCAUAAAAAAAUAUUGCUUAGGUGCUUUAAAAAGUGAAAGAACACCAACAAGACCUAUAAUCGUGGACAGGAGUCUUGAGUUUUAAACACCCCCUUGUAGAAUUUUGGAUGUUACGAAUAGUUUCCUUUUUAAAGGCUUAAAUAUGAAAGGUGUUUCUUUCCUUUCUACGUUUAAUACAACACAAAACCUAUGGAGCAAAACAAGACACAUUAUAAAAGCUAGGACAUUUUGAUUUCAAAAGGUAUAAAACAAAACAUCUGGAACCAUGGGCCAUUUCAGCCCGUACAUUAAGGGCACAUUUGUUUCUUAGUGACAGUAAAUGGAUGGAGUAAAUACAAUUUUUACAGCAUUUUUGAAAGUGUACUGCUGGUGGUCUGAAUAGAGGUGAUCAAUUUCAUAAAGCUCCCUUACUUUUUUGGUUGACAAUCAGAUACAUAAUCACAAGGAAAACAGCAUACGGAUUAUGAAGAACACUUCAGCCUCUGCCGCCUCAUGUGAGCAGGGUGUUGGGUCUCAAAAAUGACUUAGUCUUAAAGGGAUAGUUCACCCAAAAAUAAAAAUUUGUAAUUUAUUCUCCAUUCCAGAUGUGUGACUUCCUUUCUU